AUGAGCUGUAAUUAUGAAGCAUAUAUGGCAAAGGAUUGCAAAUCUACAUAAUCUUAUCUAAUCACCCUUAUUGAUGGAACUGGUUCUAUGUCUGGUGAAUAUGAAACCAUUGUAGAUGCUCACAAUGCUACUUUUUCCUGCCUAGGAUCAUAGCAGAUGAGAUAUUAAUGGGAAUAAUAACUAUAUGAUUUCCUUCCAUUUAGAAGUGCAGGGAGUGGAAAUAUCACCGAAACUUUUAAGACGAUUUUUUAAAAACUUUUAAAUAGUUAUUACCAAAAUAAUAUAACAAUUGUAUUCAUUAGCGAUGGUCAGGAGUCUUUUGACUUUAAUUAAUUAACUUAUUUAAUAGAAUAAAUGAAAUAAAAAUACUUGAUUUAAUUUAUAAGUGUAGCUGUUGGAAAUUCAUUUCCAAACACAAUAUCUAAUGUUUUAAGAAAGGCAAUCCAUAAUUAAAACUCAAGCUGCCCUGCCAUUUUCGAAGUUUAAAGACGUAGCACUUCUCAAUAAUAAUUAUAAUAAGAAUUCACAACUAUAUUUCACUAAAUCAAACAGCUUCUGAAUGUAUAAUCAAAGCUCCUUCAAGUUAACUAGCCAGUUUAUUAAACAAUUGCUUCGAAAGAGACUACCACAAUGGUUGCACCUGGCGAAUCGUAUCUUAAUAAAACAGAUGGAACCAACAAAAAAAUGGUUUUAGAUGGAGAAGAGAUUUAGCCUACUUACAAUCCUCAUCAUAUUUCUUAACUUAUAUGUAAUUCAAUAUCACAGGAAAUAAUAGAGAGUGCUGCAACAAAGAAUCAAAAUAGCUAAUAAAAUUUUAAAAGAAUAAAAGUAAUAUCUGAUCAACUUUUAACCAAAAUGGAAGCCAGUAAUGAUAAUAAAGAUCAGGAAGCACUUCAACUAAUGGAUCCUCUUUUAGAACUAAUUGAUAAAUUUGCAGAUGGAACUUUAAAAGCCCAAAAUUUAUCUGAAUCUACAAUGACUAUGCUUCAAAAACAUCUGAAAUAAAAGUAAGAAAUUUCUAAAUUUAUUGAAUGUUUUGCGAAAGAAAAAGUAGAGGAAAAUCUAACUAAAGAGAAGGUUAAAGAAAAACUUCAGAAUAAACUAAAUAAGACAAAACUGGGUUGCUAUGUUAGAUCUACGAUUACAAAAAAACCUCUAAAUCUUGUCUAAUCUAUUUGGUAGGUUGUUACCCAAAGCUUAGAUGACCUUAAAUAAGUAAUAGAAAAGGAAUAAAAUUAAGAAAUUAAAGUCUUAUUGAUAGAGUUCAAAAAUAUUAUUGAUGAACAACUGGAAAAAAUAUUCAAGUAGCAGAAAUUUGAAAAUUUGGAAGAAAGGAAUCAAUUUAUACUAACUAAGUUAAACGAGUUUCUCAGAAGAAUAACAAUAUUAAGUUCUUAAUCUACUUUUAUAAAAUCUGAAUUCAUCAACAUAGUUGAUUAUUGUAGAAGUUUUGAUGUAGAGAAAUUUGAUUUGGAAGCUGAAACUCAAAAGAAUUAGGAAGUAAAUCAAUAUUCUUAUUUGCCAAAAUGCAUUCAACCAAAAAUUUAGAACAAUAAUGUGAGAGCAUCUUAUGUUGCUACUUACGCUUUACUAUUAUUAGGAGGAAAUAAGUCUCCAUGUAAAUUAUUUAUUCUAUGAUUUUAGCUCUGAAUGAUGUUGCUUAUGUUCUGAAAUAAGCUGAUAUUGAACCAAAUCUACCUGAAAUUGAAGCUCUUAUUAAAAAUCUCAAGGGUAAAGAUUUAAAUUAAGUAAUCAAAGAAGGAAAAUUAAAAAUGCCAUAACUAAUGUGUUGA